AUGAAGAUAGAGCUCCUCAAAUCAGCUUCACAAAAUCAAUUAGGAUCACCAACAACGGGGAUGCACCUUGGCAAGUUCUACCAAUCUUCUGCGACUACUAAUUAUCUGUAUGGUAUUUCCGAGCCACCGGAACUCGGAUCAUCUAGUAAAAGUGCCGCAAGUACUGAUCCAAUAUUUCUAAAUCCAUAUAUUGUUGCUUCAACAUCGUCCAUCUCACUCGCGGGCAACCCUGUUCCAGAUUCAGGCAGCAUUGCUUCUGUAGCAGUUCCAGAAUUUACACCUGCAAAUGGAUCAUCAUUGUCGAAUCCAUUGCAGAAAAGAAGCUCCAUGGAUGCGAUGAGAGAAAUGAUUUUCCGCAUAGCAAUGAUGCAGCCGAUUCACAUUGACCCUGAAUCGGUAAAGCCACCGAGAAGAAAGAAUGUGAAGAUGUCCAAGGACCCUCAAAGUGUGGCAGCUAGGCACCGGAGGGAACGGAUUAGUGAGAAGAUCAGAAUUCUGCAGAGACUUGUUCCAGGAGGGACUAAAAUGGACACGGCUUCUAUGUUGGACGAGGCGGCUCAUUACCUUAAGUUUUUAAAAAAGCAAGUGCAAUCCCUGGAGCAAACUGCAAAUAAUAGGCCACUGAAUAAUGCUGGAAUUCCGAUGAUGAUGGCGACAUCAGCUGUUGUAGAUUAUUCUAACUUGGUAAAAGGAUGCCAGCGUCAGUCUGUUCACCUGGGCUCUAUACAAAUGCUUACUUGA